AUGGCUGACAAAGAGGGACCUGGUUCCGUUGACAACAGUUACAACCGCUACUCAAUGCCCGUCACUCGUUCUCGUACGGGUCUCUAUGGCGCGGACCUUGACCAGACUGGCACUGCCCGCUUCCUCUUCGGCGAGGACGACAACGCUGGCGACGCCAAGUACGUCCAGGCUCUGACUGAUGACCAGUUCCCUACCCUCGUUCGCGCCGAGGGCCAAAUGGCGGCAAUAUGGAAGACGAGCCCCCGAACUAUGGCGUUGUUCGUUUUUGCUCCUGCUACUGAGACGCAUCCCCAAAAUCCCUUGCCCUACCCCGUCUCCCGACCACACUGCAAACGGUCCACCUUCACCCUUCCUUUCCCUUUACAGAGUCUCUCCGCUUCUUCUGCUGCUCUUGACCUUGCUCUCUCCCCGUCUCCUGCACCUGACGCGUCUUCAUCCACCAACGGUUGGGGUCAUAUUAACCGUCAUCGCGCCCGACAGAGUCUCUCGAGCAUCAACGCUCAGCUCAACGGUUCGUCCUCCGCCGACGGCUCCGUCAUCGGCUCGCGUCCGUCGUCGGUCCGUCACUCUCUGGACCUCAAGUACUUCUCCGAGAACCCUUCCGACAGCAACUCAGUCGUGUCUCCUACCAGCAACGGCAACAUGACUACUCCUCCCAAGCUGCAGAGCUCCUUCUCUGCCAACUCGGUCCCGACCGUUAAGAAUGCCUCGGGUGCCAACAACCAUGCUCAGCAGCAUUUCCACAACCACAAUGCUAGCAUCGGUCGCAUUCCUGCCGGUGCAGCCCCUCCCCGUCACAGCCGCGAGCUGUCGUCGGACAGCAACAUUGGGUCGGGCCAGCAGAGCGGCAACCUCCCGUCCAUUCAGAGCGCUCUCCACGGGAAUGCUGCGCCCUUUGGCCCUACCAACGGCCUGAACGGCCUCAACCAGAAUGCUGCUCCUUUUGGUGGCAACAACGGCAUCAACCAGCAGACCAACAGUCUCAACAAUGUUGGCCAGGCUGGUGUUGCUGGUCCCAAUGGUGCUGGCCAGAACGGCAUCAACCAAGGCUUCAACCCGUACGGCAAUGGCCCUGUCAACAUGUAUAACCCCCAGAACAACGGUCAGCUCAACGGUGCCUACGGCGUUCCACUUCUUGCCAUGCAGAAUCUGAACCUCAAUGGCGGCUCGGCCUACCCGCCUCAGAACUUCACCGGUUACGGUUCUCUGUACACUCCUGCCAUCCCUGCCCAUUCGGCUCCGCGUGACAGCCAGGCGCGUGUGAUCCAGCACCGACGCCAGCAGGACAAUGACGCUAUGCAGCGCUACCAGAACCUGCCUCUUGAGCACGUCGGUGGUCAGAUUUACGAGCUGUGCAAAGACCAGCAUGGCUGCCGCUACUUGCAGAAGAAGCUUGAGGAGCGCAACCCUGACCAGGUCCACAUGAUCUGGCUCGAGACCAACCAGCACGUCAUCGAGCUCAUGACCGAUCCCUUUGGCAACUACCUCUGCCAGAAGCUGCUUGAGUACUGCAAUGACGAUGAGCGAACGGUGCUCAUUCAGAACGCUGCUCAGGACAUGGUCCGUAUCGCUCUGAACCAGCACGGCACCCGCGCGCUGCAGAAGAUGAUUGAGUUUGUCACGACCUCUAUCCAGGUUCAGAUGAUCAUUGACGCCCUUCGCUACCGGGUUGUUGAGCUGAUCCAGGAUCUGAAUGGCAACCAUGUCAUCCAGAAGUGCCUCAACAAAUUAAGCGCCCCUGAUGCCCAGUUCAUUUUCGACGCUGUUGGCAACCACUGCGUCGAUGUCGGCACCCACCGCCACGGCUGCUGCGUUCUCCAGCGCUGCAUCGACCAUGCCGAUGGCGCUCAGAAGGUCUGGCUCAUUGGCAAGAUUACGGAACAUGCCCCUGUCCUCGUCCAGGAUCCCUUCGGCAACUACGUCGUCCAGUACAUCAUCGACCUCAACGAACCCGCCUUUACCGAGCCAGUCGUUGGCAUGUUCCGCAACCGCAUCUGCCAGCUUUCUCGCCACAAGUUCAGCUCCAACGUCAUUGAGAAACUUCUGCGCUGCUCUCAGGCCCAGGGCCGUGACAUGAUUGUCGACGAGCUCCUCCAGCCUGGCGAGAUGGACCGCCUCCUGCGGGACUCGUAUGCCAACUAUGUCAUUCAGACGGCACUCGAGUAUGCCACUCCCGAGGGCAAGCACCGCAUGGUCGAGGUUAUCCGCCCCUUCCUGCCCGCUGUGCGUUCGACCCCUUACGGCCGCCGCAUCCAGGCCAAGGUUCAGGCCUACGACAGCCGCGGCAGCGCCACCUCGUCUGGCCAGAUAACCCCUGCCGACAACACCCAAGGCCAAAUUCCCCUGCGUCCUGGCCAGAACCGCGCCAUGGUCAACAGCGCUUCGAUUGUCCAGCCUGGCGCCGCCCUGCCCAGCGGUUUCGUCAACGGUGGCGCCCGCAACGGGACUGCCCAGGCCAUGAGCUACCCUCACACCUCGAACCUAACUGUUGCCUCUCCCACUGCCAGCCAGGCUCCUCAGCAGCCCUCUCAACUGGCCUGGAACCCCGCCCAGCCCCAGUUCCAGCCGCAGCAGCAGUUCCAGCCUCUCAAUCAGGGCCAACAAUUCCAGGGCCAGGCCCAGCAGGUCCCGCAGGGCCAGCAGAACCAGCAGAGCCAGGCUCCCAACGGUAACGGCACCGCAGCUUCCAACAACGGCGAUGACUCCCAGUGGCUGUAG